AUGAAGCAAACCAGCAAGGUCUAUCCUGACCCACCCCUCACCAUCGCCAAUGGAGCUUACCUGUUCAAUGGAUUGGUUUAUUGGGCACAAGAAGGCAACAUCACCACGCCGAGUAGCGUCGUGAAGAUGGACCCGAAAACGCUCACCGAGGUCGUGCAGAAUAACUUCUACGGCCAUCGCUUCAACUCCAUGAAUGAUAUCGCGGUCUCAGACGAGGGCAUCGCCUUCUUCACCGAUGGGAAUUACGGCUGGGGCGAUUUCAAUGAUACCCUCUCCCCCCAGCUAGCCAACGGCGUCUACCUCUGGGACAUGAGCACCGGGAAUCUAUGCUGGAGCAGCGGAGGGUGCAUUGGUCAACCCGAACGGCCUUGCUUUUGA